GUAAUCUUCAAAGGAGAAUUAGAAAACGACAAUACUUCUUCCUUCCUUCAUCCACUCCGUCACUGUGAGUAGCAAUAGCAUUGUGGCAGCCAAACGCCGACCGCUCCUCUUUCAAAAGCACGUAUACGGUCAAGAACAAGAAGGAAAGAUGGUUGGUCCGAGUCGCCCGAAGUUUGUGCUGUUCGGGUCAUCCAUAGUUCAGAUGGUCAACAACGCUGGAGGAUGGAGUGCUGUUCUUGCAGACCUAUAUGCUCGCAAGGCGGAUGUAUUACUGCGAGGAUACUCAGGUUGGAACUCGAGGAUGGCUCUUCAAGCCUUGGAUCGGAUUUUUCCCAAGGAUGCGGCUGUUCAGCCUUCUCUGGUAGUGGUAUGCUUUGGCGGUAAUGACGCUACAAACCCUCAUCCAAGUGGCCUGGGAGGUCAUGUUCCUCUUCCUGAAUAUGUUGAUAACAUGAAACAGAUUAUUGUCCAUCUCAAUAAUCUGUCAGCCAAGACACGGAUAAUAUGCCUUAGUUCCCCCCGUGUCAAUGAGGCAAAAGCUCGUGAAUUCUAUGGGAAAGGACUUGAUGACCAAGCCCGGACAAAUGACGCCUGCCGCAUAUAUUCUGAAGCUUUAGUAGAGUUGUGUAAAGAAUUGGAUGUUGAGGCCAUCAAUCUUUGGGCAGCGUUUCAGCAAAGGGAUGAUUGGGCUAGUGCUUGCUUAAUAGAUGGAAUUCAUUUGUCGGCCGAAGGAUCCAAGGUUGUAGUUGCGGAGAUACUGAAGGUCCUGAAGAAGGUUAACUGGGAACCAAGUCUGUACUGGUUGUCAAUGCCAUCUGAAUUUCCGGAGGAUUCACCAUAUUAUGUUGUCGGCCCUGAUGGUAAAACCACCCAAAAUGUAACUGAUCAUAUUUCUGUUCGGCAAUUGCAGUGGCUCAAUAUCUAGUCCCAGCCCAAUACAAGAUCCUUUUCUCCAAUGAAAUGCGGUCUGCUGAAUUCAAGGAUUGAUAAUUCACAAAAUUACAAAUUCUUCAGCUACCACCAACCAUAAGCAGCAUCAGCAUGCAAAUCUUAGGCGUUUGGUUGGGAGCUGAAGUACAAUCAAGAGUGGAUGCGACUUCACAAAGGCAAAGGACAGCUUUUGUUUUAGUGAGAAAAGUGAAAGAAAGAUAGACUCUUAUUAUGCGAAUCAAAUAGCUAUUGGCAAGUGAAGCAAGCAGUUUGACAUGACUGAAGCUUUGCUCCUGUGGUUCUUCCUUGCAACCCCCGUCCAGGCAUGAAUCCUUUCAAGAUUUUAUUGCACUAAUGAGUUAAUAGGAUAUACCUAUACCACUACUGAGAGGUACUCCUAAAACAAUAAUAAUAAUAACAAUAAUAAUAAUAGUAGUAGUAGUAGUAGUAGUAGUAGUAGUAGUAGUAGAGAAAUAAAGGGAACCGCCAAAUUAACGUAAACACCAAUGGAUAUAAUUACAUGGCAAAGAAGCCACAGUACAAAUAUUAGCGCUCAUUGACACAAAAUUACAUCAAAUGUUAAAUUCUCAAAUCACAAGUCCAAGCCCUCACAUGUUAAUAAGUACAAGCAAAGACAGGUAUAUAAAAUAAUAAAAUAGAAGAUACAUACACAGGGGUCAAAAACAAGCGAAUGCAGCAAAAGCAGGGGCGACAGCAAUACUAACCCAAUGAUCAUGAAAAUUCCAGUGUCGCAAUUUCAUUGGUUCUUGAAUGAUGCUGGU